GAAGCGGAUUCAGACCUGGCUCGGUUAGUGAACGUGUUCUCUUAUCAAGGCGGCUAACUCAUCCACGUAGAAAUGGUUCCCCAACUCCUGGCGCAUUUGAAUAUCGAGCAUGUUUCGGUUGCUAGUCACAGUGGAGGCGACAUCUACCUCAUGAACCUUAUCCUCGCCUAUCCACAUUUGCUGAAUCCCAACCAUCCAUACAUCUGUUUCUUCGCUCCGUGGGUACACUACUCGCACACGAAGAUGACGCAUCUGCAGGCUACUGGGCUUCUUCCCGCGUCUCUAAUAGGGAGAAUGGGCCCCGUCGCCAGAUUCAUUAAUCAGAAUGUCGUUCCUCUGGUUGGCUUGAGCGGCACCCUCGUUCAGGGAAUAUCCACUUCAUUGUCGCGCUCAAGCUCUACUGCAGGCCCAGUUGCUCUUGCAGCGUCUGAAACAACUGAACCUAGAGAGCCAAAUGAUGGCCCUCGCGACACUCUCUACACUCUCGCACUUGACGAUCCAAAAGUCGUGGAUGACCUGCGAAACCACAUCACCAAGUUCGUUUUCGCAGAGUCCGUAGACGGCGUCUCAGCAGACACACAGAUGUUCUUGAGACGCUCUGUUCCAUGGAGUACUCCCAUAGUCAAAUGGGAAGAUCUUGACGACGCAGUACAGCUCCUGUCCAAGACCAUUGGCGAAGAUGAUCGACUGGCAGGAAACAGACGGGUCUGGGAUAUCGACUGCAUGCACGCAGAACAGGACCAACUGGUCGGCGAUAAAGGCAGGGAUUGGUUCAACGCGAUAUGGGUACCAAGCCAAAGCUAUGAGUACAAAAAUGAAGUGCUCCCACGUACCGAUCACGACUUGUUGGUGGACCCUGCCUUUGGUGGGAGCGAGAAAUGGUUGCAGCGGGUCAGCGAAUCCUGGCAGACUUCGCAGCCUGUCGUAGCGCCUCCUUAGCAUCAAAUCUACCUUUGCACCGUCGCACAGAAGUACGUUAAUCGAUAUUCAAGCC